AUGCCUAAGAAAUGUUUAUUACGCUCAUUGGUACUAGAAGAAGACACUACGAGGCACCUAAGUCUUUUGCUACAAACUUUCGAUUGCAGCAUCAAGACCAAUCAACGUGCCUCCCAAUCAGCCGCAUUUGCCCCUCUUCCAAAUCGACUAAUGCUGGCUGAUAUUCCUGGGUUUCUAGUACCAACACCUAGUUGUCUUAAUCUUAAUCAACCGCAGUCUACAGUUCUUUCGCUCUUGUUGUCUUUGAUGUUCCUCCUCACGAGCCUCAACUAUACACUUCCAACCAGCUGGAGGCAUCCGCUGCCUACACAUUCUAUGCAAAAUUCUACAAAACAAUGUUCGCUCUUGGCCGCGAACUUGGUCCUGGACACAACAACUCAUUCGAUUUUCCCCUCAAAUUCCAUACCUUGGAAUGAUCUCGCAACCAAAUCACAGCAUCGAAACGGUGUGGAAAAUGGCCGGGGGUUUUGUUGGCGGUGUCUUCUGGAUCACAUGAAGAGGCGGUCUCGACGCUUCAUCGCUUUAUACGUAUUUAUCGCUGGCUUUCCUGUUUCAAGAGACGCUCAGAGCCCUCAUUCUCAACUCAUCAAUGCAGGGCGGGGCUUUUUGAACCUCCUUAGCUUUCAAGAAUUUCUCUCGCAGAGUAAGCCCGAGGACCAGCGUCAGUUAUUCAGUCGUAUCGAUGCUAUUUCUCUUGAUGCAGACGAAGAGAAGCCGCUACCAUUAGCUCAUAGAUAUUGCAAGAGAAGCUAG